CGCUGCCACUCCCCGCCCGGACGGACACAGAUAUGGGCGGGAUCUGGCGACUGAGAAUUACCCCGGAAUUGCCGAAGCCACCGUCCCGGAUCGGUGCAGAGCAAUCGGACACUGGGGCAUUUUACACCUUCCCCCUUAGUGGUGCAGGGGUAAUUAAUCCGGCGCGCUUGGACUGCAGCCUAGUUUAAACCUUUUUGGAAAGAACGGGACAGGAGGGGAGAAAAAAAACCAUAAGGGACAAUGAAAACUGCAGUAAUAGAAGGUAUCGAAAAGUUCGAUAGUCCCGGUAAGGGGAGAGGACUGAAGGCGGCGAAACAUUUCAAAGUUGGGGACCUCCUGUUUUCCUGUCCGGCGUACGCGUCCGUGUUAACAGUCUCGGAGAGGGGCGGCUACUGUGAAUUCUGCUUCCUAAGGAAGGACGGUCUGUCUAAGUGCGGAAAGUGUAAGAAAGCUUUCUACUGUAAUGUCGACUGCCAGUUAAGAGACUGGCCCAUGCACAAGCUGGAAUGCGCGGCCAUGUGCGACUAUGGCGACAACUGGUGUCCUACGGAGACGGUCCGGCUGGCGGCCAGAAUCAUCGCCAAGCAGAAAACACAAGUAGGGAGAAGCUCUUCAGAGAAGCUGCUACCGGUGCAAGAGCUGGAAGCACACCUGGAUGAGAUGGACAAUGAGAGGAGGGAAAUAAACCAGGCUGAUAUUGCUGCUCUGCACCAUUUCUACUCCAAGCACCUGGAGUUCCCCGACCUCAUUGCGCUCACCGUGCUCUUCGCUCAGGUUAACUGCAAUGGCUUCACAGUUGAGGACGAAGAGCUGUCCCACUUGGGCUCUGCAUUGUUCCCAGACGUUGCCCUGAUGAACCACAGCUGUUGCCCCAAUGCGAUUGUUACCUACAGUGGUACUGUUGCCAUGGUGCGGGCUGUUGCAAACAUCCACCCAGGGGAGGAGAUUUUCACAAGCUACAUUGACCUGCUCUAUCCAACAGAGGACAGGAUCGAGAGACUGAGAGAUGCGUACUACUUCACCUGUGACUGUAAAGAAUGCAGCACAAAAUCCAAGGACAAAGCAAAAAUGAAAAUACGAAAACUGAGCACAAGUCCUGCGCCAGAGACGAUCAGGGAGAUGGUGAAAUAUGGCAGGAAUAUCAUUGAGGAGUUCAGGAAGGCGAAACACACCAAAACCCCUAGUGAGCUGCUGGAGAUGUGCGAGCUGAGUCUGGAUAAAAUGGGCUUGAUAUUGGACGACACCAACGUGUACGUGCUGCACAUGAUGUACCAGGCCAUGGGGGUGUGCCUCUACAUGGAGGACUGGGAUGGGGCCUUGAGAUACGGGGAGAAGAUCAUCAAGCCGUACAGCAUACACUAUCCAGCCUACUCCCUCAAUGUGGCCUCCAUGUACCUCAAGCUGGGAAGACUAUACUUGGGACUAGAGAAAAAGCCCAUUGGAGUCAAACACUUGAAAAAGGCCAUAGAAAUCAUGGAGGUGGUUUACGGGAAGGAUCACCAUUACGUCACUGAUAUCAGGAAGGACGUCAAGUAGAAUGCUGCCACUAUUCACGCGACAAUGGCUUUUUGCAGCCGUCCAGCAGACCUUUUAUAACGCCGUGCAUUAGGGAGGAUACUGGAUUUGCUGGGUUUUACUAAAUUAAAGGGACCCUGUCUAAAAUAUUAUAAAAAUGCGUGUGAUGUUAUAAUUGCUAUGGAUUUUGUUUUCACUGACUUUCACUUUUUGCACUACUGCUUUAAAAGCCAAUGUGCAGUUUUUUACAAAUAAGUGCGCUGAUUGUUUUUCCAGUGUGAGUGAGAUGUCAGUUUUUGUACACUGAGUAUUGUACCUUCAGUAUUUGAAACAGGAAGACGGUUGUAUACUUAAUGUCCCCCGUAUUGCUUUUUCAGUUUUUGGCCAUUUUGAGCUGUGUGACAUCCAGAGACGGUGCUAUUUUUGUUACGAACAGCGGGAUUCCGAACACAUGAAAGCCACAUGCACGCGGCAGUUAUUGUGCAGGCCGGACAGCAGGGGGCGCUAUCACAAUUAGGAUUUGUAAAAAGAAUUAGCAGCUCACUGCUGGUGUCAAAAAUUAUGCAGGUGGACUUGGCCCAUGUCUAAUAACUGCCUGAACGUAUUUACUUGAAGGAAAAUAUGAGUCAUAUUUAAUGUGUUUUGGUUUAACCCCUAUUUAAUGCCGGGUCUUGGGCUAUGUGAAUCCCCUGCAUAGGACACCAGUCCAUCACACAGCUCUAACCACAUUUUUUGGCUACUGGAGAAAGUUCAUGCAACACAGGGAGAAAAUGCGAACUUUACAAACAUAUACCUGCAACCUGAUAGGCGUUAAGCAAAAUUCAAACUCAGGAAGCUAUCAAUAUUGCAGUUUAGUCCCUUUUCAUAAAAAUAACACAUCCCCUGGGCACUGUUCAGCAUGCAAUUUAAUACAAAACUACAGUGAAGCAUUUGCCAUAAAACAUCAUGGUCAAAUUGGCAGUAAUUAGUGAAAUCCUGUAUUUCUCCAAGGGUUUCUGCUCUUUCUGAAUGCAAAUUCAGAUGUAUGCUUUUCAUUUUUCAAAGAAAAGGGGUUUGGGGUUAUUAACAGUAAAAAAAAAAAAAAAAAAAAAAAACCUUUCUUGUAUACUGAAUUUCUGAGAUGCACUGCGGUUCAGUUUUAAUGUGCAAAUGAAUGUAUCAAUUCCAUGUGUAGCUAUGACUGUUUUAUGGCAAAAAAGAUGCUUCUGUAAAAAGGUAAAUUCUAGGCACACGCUACCUUAUAACAGAAAGAUAUGCUUUCAAGUAUAGUCCAUUAAGAUAAAAGCAUUAAAGAUAAAAAAUAAUCUGAUUUCAGAUUUCCAGUGCUCAAAAUACAUUUUAAAGGAGAUGCUAAAUAAUUUUGAGAUGGGCAAGUUUAGUGCCCUUUGAUGGACUGGCAUCCCAUGCAGGGUGUAGCCCAGCCAUGUGCCCUGUGACAACUGGGAGGGAGCAAAAGACCAGCUGUGGGUGUUCCCAAGGACUGGGUUGAGAAACACUGGCUUAUGGGCUUAGAACUUAGCAACUCCAUGGCAACUUGUAAUUCAAGGACACUUGUGAAGUACAUCAUUGCCACAGAAAACAAAGGACAUGAACUGUUUGAUUUAAUUUCACAAAUUAUGUCCAGGUUCCACAAGUCAGUGGUAUUACAGAAAAUACAUUGUUUGCCUCCGACUCACAAGAACAAGUUGAAAUGCAGUUUAAAGUGUUGCUCAUAGUCAUUGAAAGGUUCACACAAGUGUAUUUUUUCUGUGUUCCGCAACACACAUAAUGAGUAACAGGCUCUGGCGAAGCGCACCGAGGGAACCGGGUGUCAAACAAAGACCAAAUAUUACCGCAAACCUCCACUACAGGCCUGAAGCUUGCAAUCGUUCAGAAGAUAAUGAAGAAUUUUCUGUCACGUGAACUUCUGACAACAGCUAAUAAAUUCUGCCAUAUUUA